AUGCUGGAAUCGUUUCAGGUGAUGGUCAGCUUCAAAAUCGACAAGCAGCUGCAGACGAUCAGCAACUACUUUCUCUUCAGCCUUGCCGUUGCCGAUAUUGCUAUAGGAAUGAUUUCAAUACCGCUAUGGACGUAUUACACGGCCAUGCAGACGUGGGGGAUCGGCUAUACGAUGUGCCAGUUUUGGUUGUGCGUCGACUACCUCAUGAGCAACGCUUCAGUGCUCAAUUUGCUUUUAAUCUCAUUUGAUCGGUACUUUUCCGUAACGCGGCCGCUUUCUUACAGACCAAGGAGAACAACUCGGAAAGCACUGAUCAUGAUCGCUUGUACUUAUAUCAUCUCAGUGAUACUUUGGCCGCCGUGGAUUAUUAGCUGGCCAUAUAUAGAAGGGAAAUUCACGGUAGAACCAGGAACGUGUGUAGUGCAGUUUCUAGAGACGAACCCCUAUGUCACAGUUGGUACCGCUGUCGCCGCCUUCUACCUACCAGUGACGAUUUUGAUCGUUCUGUAUUCACGCGUCUAUUGGGAAACUCGAAAACGACGUCGCGAUUUUGGGAAACUACAAGCAUCACAGUUUUCGCGACGAUCCAUCCGGCGAGAUGCCUCAUCGAAUUCUUUCGCGAAGAACAACGAGCGAGGAUCUCUGAAGAAAGGCUUGUGGGGAACGAACGACUCCAAAGGAUUGAAUCGCACAAGGAGUCGCAUCAACUGGUUGAAAAUGUGUAGCACUCGAUCGCAUUCGUCCUCUGAGGAUAGUUCUGAGGCUCAGGUGAUGAACAUCGAUGACACGUCGUUGUCAUCGUCUCUCUACACAGCCAAACGAAAAAAUACCAGUCCACCACUCAGUCCUAUCCCAGCCAACGAUGUGUUGAUCGAAUUGAAAGACGAAGGAUCGCGGCCGAGUGUUCGCCUCAGCAACUGUGAUACAGCCACCCACGACUGCAACGCCGACGUGGCGGAACCGGAGGUCAACCGUCAGACGAGCGUGAAAGGUAAAGUAACCACUCGCAAAAGCAAGUACAUUCGUAUUUUCAUUUAUUUAUUUCCAGACUCCAUAUCUCCUGCAAAGAAUGGUCGUUUUUCGAGGGUGGGGACCCAAAUCAGCGGUGGGAAGGACAGAAAGAGUGAAAAGGAAAGAAAGAAGAACGAGAGGAAACAGGAGAGUAAAGCGGCGAAGACGUUAUCUGCUAUUUUGGCCGCUUUUAUAGUCACAUGGACUCCCUACAACGUGAUUGUGUGCUACGAGGCGUUUUUUCCUCAUAGUGUGCCGGAUUACUUAUUCACAGCGAGCUACUUUCUCUGCUACAUUAACUCCACCAUCAAUCCGCUCUGCUAUGCCCUCUGUAAUGCAAGGUUCCGCCAUACGUACCGUCGAAUACUGCGAUGUAAAUUCGGUGCUGAACGGCCAAAUAUCUCCAGGAAUGCUUAUGUUAGACGGCAAUAG